UUAGCUGUCGCGUGUUUUUGGUACACAAACAAAUUAUUGUCAUAGAAUUUAGUUGGCUAGGUAUUCAUUUGGAAAAGAUUGAAAUUAUUUGUGAAAAUGACUGAUUUACGUGAAAAUAUGAACGCAGUUCGAUCCGAAGAAGAGCCAAUUGAAACGGAUAAUAAAAGUGAAAAAUUUGGUCAUCGUGAUCCCUUUGAAUUUAUGCGAAUUGAUGAUAAUACAUUUUUGUAUGACAUGGACAGUCGAAGUCCGUGUCCAAAAUGUUCGAAAUCUCGUAAAUUCUUUUGUUACACAUGUUACGUUCCCGUUCAAGAUCUAGAGAAUCGAUUGCCAAAGGUUGAACUGCCCCUCAAAAUCGAUAUUAUCAAACAUCAAAGAGAAAUUGAUGGUAAAUCGACCGCAAUCCAUGCAGCUAUUUUGGCUGCAGACAACGUUAACAUUUACACAUACCCUGAUAUACCUGAUUAUAGUCCUGAUGAUGAAACGGUUUUGAUAUUUCCGACACAUAAUUCCAUUCAUGUCGAUGGGAUAUUCGAUAAUCAUGUUCGGUUACAAACGUUUGACGACCUAAAUCUACCUCGGGGAAUAAAUCAAACCACAUUGUUAAAACAUCGUCUAACCGAAGUCAUGAAUGAAAAGGAACCAAAUGGCCGUCGUAAACAUUUCACGUAUAAUUUAGAAAAUCUACCAAUAAAAAAGGCUGUCUUCAUUGACAGUACAUGGAAUCAAUGUAAGAGCAUUUUCAAUGAUAAGCGUGUCAAUUGUUUGCGUACGGUUGUGUUGCAAAAUCGUCUGUCACAAUUUUGGCGACAUCAAAGAGGCAGUCCCAGAUGGUACUUGGCAACGAUUGAAGCAAUUCAUCAAUUUCUAUUGGAAGUGCAUAUCAAUGCAUGGGGCUUGGAUCAUUCAUAUAAAGCGUUUGGACCACUUGAAAUGCAGACCGAUUUUAUUCGCGAUGACAUGAUCAUCAAAAUCGAACAACAAAAUGAGUCGGAAUCGAGCAGUAACAAUGGUUCUAUGACAAUUUGCUCCCCGUAUUGUGGACAAUACGAUAAUUUAUUCUUCUUUUUCACAUAUAUGUACCAUUUGAUUCAUACAUUCUACGAUCACAAUGUUUUGAAAGCCUAUCGGCGACCCGUAUUGUAAAUAUGAUGAAAAUAAAUUUGAAUUCUCUCUUGAAUGAAUAAAAGAACGUGUAAAAUUUCA